CUAUCCCUCCGCGACAUCCAAUCCACCCGCCCAACCCAUGCUGAACCCAUCCCCCAAUGGCCGAACUCAUCGGCCUCAUCUCCUCCAUCAUCGGCAUCGCAGGCGCCGGGCUCACCCUCGCCCAAAAACUCCACGACUACGGCGACGGCGUAUCGGGAAGUAGUCGGCGCGCGCAGCAGAUUGCCUCCUACGUGCGCACCACAGCAAUAUGUAUCGAGGAAGUCGGGUCCGUGCUGGAAGAAGAGAGGGUUUCGGAUAGAGUGAUUGUUUCGCGGAAUGCGUUGGAUACGGUGAGGGAUAUUGUGGGACAGUGUGAUGGGUUGUUUGAGCAGAUAGAGGCUGCGUUGAGGAGUACGGGGAGUGGCAAUGGGAUGGGGAGGUUGUUGUUUCCGUUCAGGGAGUCGAGGGUGGUUUUGAUGCAGAGUGAUUUGGAGAGGUUGAAGACGACGUUGCAGUUGUUGAUGCAGGUGGUGGUUUAUGCGAGGGUGAGGGCUGUGCAGAGUGAAUAUCAACCACGGCAGAGACAGCUCGUGGAGGAGCUUAUUGCCCUAAGGAGGCAGGCUAUGGAUACUUAUGAGAGGAGUAGGAAGGAGGAUGAGCGAGUCGAGGCGAUGGAGGAUGCGAGUAUCUUCACCGCGGCCUUGCCUGGUGCUGCUACUGGGCCAUCGGCCUCAGACAACGUGGCACGGGAAAUCCCGCCGACUGCCAAAGGAGACGACAAUCUGGAGAAUCCAAAGUCCAACCCAACAGUCGACCACCCACCACAAACCCAGGAUAGCAGCCCAGAUACAUCCAAUAUGGAGAUCACUACCAUCCAGCCACCAGACCCCAAUCCAACAGAUUCCAGCAACCAGCCAAUGUCUACUUCAACCGCUCGCACACAGGAUACAGUAGAGCCAGUACCCCCAACCCAUAUCCCCCUUCACCCCAUCCCUCGACCCCAGCCUACCACACCCCCCGCCAUCCCAAACACACCACCAACCCACCCCAACCCAACGAAACCCUCCACGACUUCCUAUCCACAUUCCACCAAUCCCUAAAAUUCAUCUGCUGCUGUCCAUGUCUCUACAUCCACCGCCGCUCCACCCGAACCCACGAGUCCACCUAUCUCGAACCCAUUCCCGAUCCUCUCCUGGGUAUGGGGAUACCAUCAUACCAGGGAGGAUACCCUCCGCGGCCGGCUAAGGUAUGGCACUCGCGUGGGGGAUAUGUUCCAGGAAUACAACCUCUAUCUGGAGAGCGGUUUGAGGUGGUUCCUCAAGGUAUGAUCUAUCCUGCAAAGGAAGCGGUGAGAUUUUCUCGUAUGGGGCUCGGGGAUUCUGUUUCUGAUGGAGAUGAUGCUGUUCGUACGGGAGUGGAGGGUCUGAGUGAUAUGGAUGAUGUUGAGGAGUUGUUGGAGCGGUGGAC